UGUAUGGAUGGUUCAGCAGUGACUCUCCAGCUGCUGAGCGGAGUGGAGCGCACCGCACAACGGGCACGCAAAGCUAACACCCUCCGCGGGACUCUUUUACUUUAACUUUAAUGUGAAUGAGAAUCUUGGAACAGGGGGACGCGGAAACAUGAAGGGACGGCGCUGCUCUCUAAGUGUUUGGGGAGCUUUAUCUGUCUUUCUCGUAUCUGUCUUGCUGGAGUCCAGGGCUGCCGGUCUUCCCUUUUAUCACCUGCAUCAACUUUGUAAGUUCUGUGAUCUGAGGCUUUCCUCCUGCAACGGCAUAGGUACCUGUGAGACCAACUGCUCCAUCACAUCCACCUGUGAAUACUCCGCUGAGGUCUGUGUUUCUGUCUGGAGGAAGAAUGAGACCAGUUUCUCAAUAGAAACUCUCUGUCACAACCCAGCCAUCCCGCUGUACGGCGUUAUGCUGGAUGACUACAACAGCUCCACCUGUGUGAUGAAGGAAAAGAACACAACAAGCGGGAUGGCUCAUUUCUGCUCCUGUGCUGAAGAGGAGUGUAACAACAGAUUAAUAUUCUCCCCAAUUGUGGAUCCAACUGUAAGCGAUCCGGUGACGUCUGUAAUUCUGGUGAGCCUGCUGCCCCUGCUGGUGAUGGUGAUGGUGAUUUUUGGAAUGUUCUACUGGUGCCGCGUUCGUCGGCAGAGGCGGCCCAACCAAGAAUGGGAGAGCAGCUUUAAGAAGCGCAAGCCAAAAGCCGGUGGGCUGGACUGCAGUGACGCCUGCGCCAUCAUGACAGAUGACGAUAGGUCAGACAGCAGCUCGACUCACGCCAACAGCCUGAACCACAAUACCGAGCCGCUGCCUAUAGAACUGGAUCUGCUGGUGGGAAAGGGUCGCUUUGCUCAGGUAUACAAGGCCAAACUGAAGCAGACCACGUCAGAUCAGUUUGAAACAGUGGCUGUAAAGAUCUUCCCCUAUGAAGAGUACGCCUCCUGGAAGAACGAGAAGGACAUUUUCUCCAAUACAGACCUCCGGCAUGAGAGCAUCCUCCACUUCCUGACAGCCGAGGAGAGGAAGGUGGAAAAACAGUACUGGCUUAUCACGGCCUUCCACCCCAGAGGAAACCUACAGGAGCACCUGACACAUCAUGUGAUCAGCUGGCAGGAGCUGCAGGUGUUGAGCAGCUCUCUGGCACGGGGUGUUGCCCACCUCCACAGCGAUCGCCUCCCCUGUGGACGCCCUAAGGUGCCCAUAGUCCACCGAGACCUGAAGAGCUCCAACAUCCUGGUGAAGAACGACGGGACGUGCUGCGUUUGCGACUUCGGCCUGGGACUCUGUCUGGACAGCAGCCUGUCAGUGGACGACCUCGCCAACAGCGGGCAGGUGGGCACUGCUCGGUAUAUGGCACCAGAGGUGCUGGAGGCCCGACUGAAUCUGGAGAACAUUGAGUCCUUCAAACAGACCGACAUUUACUCCAUGGCUCUGGUGCUGUGGGAGAUGACGUCAAGGUGUGAAGCUAUUGGAGAGGUAAAGGACUACGAGCCGGCAUAUGGCUCUAAAGUGCGAGAGCACCCCUGUGUGGAGAGCAUGAAGGACAAUGUGCUGAGAGACAGGGGGAGGCCAGAGAUCCCCGACAGCUGGCUCAGGCAUCAGGGCAUGGCAGUGAUGUGCGCCACCAUUAAAGAAUGUUGGGACCACGAUCCCGAGGCCCGCCUCACCGCCCACUGCGUUGCCGAGCGCAUCUCCGAGCUGGAAGACGAGAUGGGCAAACUGUCCAGCCGCAGCUCCUCAGCAGAGAAGAUUGAAGAGGAGCUAAAGAUCCCAAUAGAGGUGGAGAUCCCACAGGAGGAGGUGAAAAUCACAGAAAUACAGAACAUCAUAGCUGUGGACUGCUCCAUGAGCGACAAGAAGUGAGAGAAAUCCACUUCUCAGAUGGGACUAUGGACAGUGUGUCCAGGAGCCGAGCUCUUGCAGGACUUUGAGCCAGGCCAAGUGUGAUUCACGCUGUCGUUUGUCAUUGUAGCCCUGCAAAGAUCAACUCUGAGUGAUGCUUUUGAUCUUCGCCGCAUCUAAUAUAUAAAAAAACUCGCCAUAAUCAGCAAACUACAGAGCCCAAAAACAGCCAAAGUUAACUGGAAGCUUCUCAAGAUGUGUUGAGCAUGGCAAGUCAGACAGGCUUCUCUUCAUGCAAAAAUGUCUCUUCAUGAGAAACAAACAGGGCAGUACCUAUUAAACCAAAGAUAUUCUAUGUGCACUUUAUCACAUAAUACUUCUUACAGAUGUUUUUGUGUAUUCUGAUGUGCCUUUGCCUAAAAGUGCCUUUGUGUAUUUGACUCUGAGCCAAAUUGUCAGCACAGAUGUCGCCUUAACACUAAUGAUGCUGUGGACUCCAUCACCAGCAGGAAAUUAAAGGAAUGUGUGUGCACGUGUGUGCGUGUGUGUGUGUGUGUGUGGGUGCGUGUGUGUGUGUGUGUUCUUGUUUUCUUUGUACCAAGCUAUACUUUAACCUUGUUUGCCAGAUAAACAGGCGUUGGUGUACAUAGAGACAAUAACUGUAAAACAGGUGUUAAAUCAAAGCUAAAAGGGAACGUAUGCCUUCUACAGAGCUUAUGCAGAGAUCAAAAACUCUAUAUAAAGAUGUAUUUUUUACAACAGUGUGUGUUUUCUGUCUGUAUCAACAGGAAACUGAUGAGUGUGCCAAAGAUCUUUUACCCUGCUUUUCAAUAUAACAUGUACCAUAUGUAAGAUAUUGUAAAUCUUUGAUGAAUUAAAGAUAUUUGU